CGAUGUUUUCAGUUAUCUGGAUUAUUUUACUGAGUUUCGAAUUGAGUUGUGCCCUAGACAAUGGUCUGGCCAAGACUCCACCGAUGGGAUGGCUCUCAUGGGAGAGAUUUCGCUGCAAUACUGAUUGUGUAAACGAUCCUGAUAAUUGUAUAAGUGAACAGCUUUUUCAAACUAUGACAGAUAUAGUAGUUGCUGAUGGCUACGCAUCUGUUGGAUACGAAUACAUCAAUAUUGAUGACUGUUGGUUGGAAAAGCAUCGAAGCCAUGAUGGAAAAUUAGUGGCUGAUCGCAAAAGAUUUCCAAGUGGAAUGAAAGCACUUUCAGAUUAUGUCCAUUCGAGAGGCUUGAAAUUUGGAAUUUAUGAAGAUUAUGGCAACUAUACUUGCGCGGGUUAUCCAGGCAUUAUUGGUUAUGAGGAGAAGGAUGCCCUUCAGUUUGCCGAAUGGAAUGUGGAUUACGUAAAACUAGAUGGAUGCUAUGCUCUGCCCUAUGACAUGGAUCAGGGCUAUUCAAAUUUCGGAAGACUUUUGAAUAGCACAGGAAAGUCAAUGGUUUAUUCGUGUAGCUGGCCAGUUUAUCAAAUAUAUGCCGGAAUUCAGCCAAACUACUCCGCAAUUCAAUCCCAUUGCAACUUGUGGAGGAAUUACGAUGAUAUUCAGGAUUCAUGGGCAUCUGUGGAAAAUAUUAUCGAUUAUUAUGGUAAUAACCAAGAUCUAAUAGCACCAAAUGCAGGACCUGGACAUUGGAAUGAUCCUGACAUGUUAAUUAUUGGUAACUUUGGAUUAAGUUACGAGCAAGCAAAGACUCAAUUCGCAAUUUGGUCAAUAUUGGCGGCUCCUCUUUUAAUGUCUGUUGACUUGAGAACGAUUCGCCCGCAAUUUAAACAUAUUUUACAAAAUCGGAAAAUAAUUGCUGUGGACCAAGAUCCACUUGGAAUACAGGGACGACGAAUUUACAAGCACAAGGGCAUUGAAAUCUGGUCCAGGCCUAUUAGUCCUCUCUACCAAAACUUUUAUUCCUAUGCCAUUGCCUUUGUAAACAGAAGAACGGACGGAACUCCAUCUGAUAUUUCAGUAACUUUAAAGGAACUAGGCCUAAUUAACUUUACUGGAUAUCGAGUAGAGGACCUUUACGAGAACGUUGAUUAUGGCGUUUUAUAUCCCAACACUAAAAUAAAAGUUAAAGUAAAUCCCUCUGGAGUGGUUAUGCUGAAGGGGGAAGUCCAAUUCCCCGCUGACUUGUAAUUUACUUUGUUAAAUGAACUUGCCCAAACUUUAUUAUUAACAGUACUUGAACUUAUUU